AUGGAAUGUGCCAUCACUCGGUAUUGGUCAACUGGUCUGAAUCCACAAGCGAUGCUUCGACAACGAGAGAAAAUCAGCGUUGCCAAGGAGAAACGGGCUGCCAAAACAAUUGCUGUGAUCAUUUUUGUGUUCACAUUCUGUUGGCUGCCAUUUUUCUGCGCCUAUGUUGUCCUGCCGUUCUGCGACUCCUGCACACUUCAUCCAAAGGUCAAUCAGGCGUUCACAUGGUUGGGCUACAUUAAUUCAUCAUUAAAUCCGUUUCUCUACGGCAUUUUGAAUUUGGAAUUUCGACGAGCGUUCAAGAAGAUUCUCUGUCCAAAGGCCGUACUCGAACAGCGCCGUAGACGAUUAAGUGCACAACCAUAA